CCUGGACGAGAUACUUUCGUUUAGAACCUUGCCUGUUUGUCUGCGUCCUACAGCCGCGCCCCUUUGUGUUACCUGAGCCCGACUGCUCCAAGAAGUGUUGACUUGAUCCUGUUCUGACUUGUUGGAAGGAGAAAUAACAACCCACGAGUUGUUGGAGUUAAAUCAGAGAGUAAAAGUGUUUUUUCUGUUCCUGCACCCGAGACGACAAAGUGAAAGUACAGGUACACUGAAGGUACGACGGCGGCUGCGGAGCAUACCUGUGAUUAUUCUGCUGCUCUGCAAUGGGUUGCUUCUAUUUCCUGGCCUCGUUCUUAUUUACCUCCUGCCUCGUUCUAGGUGCUGAACUGCCUACAAAAUAUGUCCUCAAGGGGACGGGGGAGAGCUUGAAGCCGACCUUUCCUGGACAACCAAAUUCAAUUCUGUGGAAACAUAACGGAAACAAAGUGGUGGAGUUUGACAGCAGAGAGGAACAGGUGUACGGAGCGUACAAAAACAGGAUCACUCUCGACUGGAUCUCAGCAGAGCUCGAAAUCACCGGCCUGAAGUUUGAAGACAGAGGACUCUAUGAAGUGGAAGUCGACAUCAACAACAUGUUACAUCUGUCAGAAUUCAAACUGGAGGUCAUAGACAAGGUUGCCAUGCCGACCAUAUCUUGUGAGAUAAACAAAGACGGUGGCUCCGAUGUUUCUGAGGUCCGGGCGACGCUGCUGUGCUCUGCAGACCCCACCCCACCUGAGUCCAUGAUGAAGUUUAAGUGGAGAGCACGGGGAAAAUCACAACCGGGACACAAGUUUAAUAUUUCUCUGGGAGACGAACGAGAUAACGAAGAAUACAACUGUUCAGUCAGCAACCCUGUGAGCAGUGAGACGGCGAUAUUCACAGCAAAGGAUUGUUAUCACGAUAAUUCAUCUGUAGCUGUGGCUGUCAGUCUGGCUGUCGUUGGUUUAAUCGUACUCGUGUUGAUCAUCUUCUUCUGCAAAAAGAGACAAAAAGCAUGUUUUUCUAAAGGACAACAGGAUGAUGAGGAGAAACAGACUGAAGGCUCAGAUAAGAAGAAGGCUCAGAGAGGUGAAACCAGUCCUCUUCUUACUGAAACGCUUCCGUCUGAUCAGCGACUCAGUGUGAGCUACUCUCCAGUGAAUGUCAAGAAGAGGGUACAUGAAAUAAACAGAGGUCAAGAACCUGUUGGAGAUAAGAAGCCACCAGAAGGUAACCUCAAAGAGAAGGAAGACAACAUUGAGAAGGAUAAAGAACCUCAACAGCCUCAAAACAAAACAGAGCCAGAGAAGAAUCUAGGUGGGGGUGAGAAAUCAUCGCCUGACCCACCCACAGAUCAAUCCUCUCCUACUCUUGCCAACUCAAGUCCCCCAAAGACUGAGAGAGGUCCAGAUGAGGACCCUGAGGACCCUGCUGGGGGUCAAAAGAACGGGUCUGACUCAGAUGAGGUCAAUGAAGACACUCAAGAUGAAUCUGUUUCACAAACUGAUUCAUCAGCAUGUUUUGCUAAAGGACAACAGGAUGAUGAGGAGAAACAGACUGAAGGCUCAGAUAAGAAGAAGGCUCAGGGAGGUGAAACCAGGCCUCUUCUUACUGAAACGCUUCCGUCUGAUCAGCCACUCAGUGUGAGCUACUCUCCAGUGAAUGUCAAGAAGAGGGUACAUGAAAUAAACAGAGGUCAAGAACCUGUUGGAGAUAAGAAGCCACCAGAAGGUAACCUCAAAGAGAAGGAAGACAACAUUGAGAAGGAUAAAAAACCUCAACAGCCUCAAAACAAAACAGAAACUUUAUCUCCUCCUACCUCUCCGUUUGGGAACUUAAUCUCUCCAAGUCUUCAUGCUGACUUCGACAGAGGUGAUACAGAUGCAGAUGUGAUGAAUCUCUCUGGAGAGGAAAAGAUCUCACAGCCUGAGCACUCAAACUCUGAGGAGACAAAAGAACCAGAGUGUGUUGGUUUGUCUGAUGAAUCUGAACAGCCAG